GACGCAAUGGCGUACAACAAGUUGAAUGUCCUCCACUGGCACUUGGUAGAUGACCAAUCGUGGCCUUUUUACUUGGAAGCGUUUCCGAACGUUAGUAAGGUGGCCGCAUACAGCCAGCGCCACGUGUACUCGACAGAGGACGUUAGCGGCGUGAUUGAAUAUGCCCGACUGCGAGGAAUACGCGUCAUCCCGGAGAUCGAUACUCCAGGACACACGCAGGCCCUGGGUCGAGCUUUCCCAGACGCGCUGACGCCCUGCUAUGGGAACGGCAGCAGAGGAACCGCGAACCCAGGCUCGCAUGCGGCCUUCGAGAUGCUUGACCCAACAAGGAAUAUCAGCUACAGCUUGGUGCAGCAGCUCCUGUCCCAGGUGGCCCGAAUUUUCAAAGAUCCUUACGUGCACCUUGGCAUGGACGAAGUGUACCACGAUUGCUGGAAGUCAAGUCCCGAAGUGGAGGCCUUCCGUUUGCAGCAUAACCUGAGAAGGGCCAGCGAUGUGGAGCAGUAUUACGUUGAGCGGACGUUCAACAAUGCGGUCCGGACAGGUGCCAAGGCCGUGAUCUGGCAAGAUCCCAUCGACAACGACGCGAAGGCGUCGAGGCAACAUACGGUGCUGCAGCUCUGGAAGAGUCACGAUCUUGGCCACACGUACUCCUGGUCGGAGUAUGCGGCCUCUCACACCGGACAAGGAUACGAGGUGGUGAUCUCAAGCUGCUGGUAUCUCGACCACUACGAGCACUUGAAGGACUGGGCGCACUAUUACGCCUGUGACCCGAGGCAGUUCAAAGGCAGCCGUAAGCAGAAACGCCUAGUAUUGGGCGGCGAAGCUUGCAUGUGGGGCGAGUACGUCGACCGGACAAACUUGCUCGCCAGCCUCUGGCCAAGGGCAUCGGCAGUCGCUGAGCGCCUGUGGAGUAGCCGCGACGUGGACAAAGCUGACCGCGCAGUCAUCAGACUCAACGGACAUCGCUGCCGCAUGCUGAGGCGCGGCAUUCCUGUUCACCCGAUCAACAGCUGGCCUUGUGAAAACGACGAGGAACUGGAUUUCCAUGAAGUGUUUGAGAUUGACUGAAAAUAUCACAUGAACUGCUCACAGUAAUACAACCAACGCGGGACGGAAGGAACACAUUCACUUUCUUCAGUUCCCUAUUGAAAGCAAUGUGCAGUUAUCACUGUAAAUUUUGUGUCCGUGCUAUCGUUUGAUACGGUUAAGCUUGCGCAAAGCAUUUCGCGAUAGGAUUGAGGGGCACGCCAUUUCUUCUGUUGUGGAACUUAAGUCACCG